AUGUACGCAGAAACGGUCGAAGAACGAUUUAUGAAGUUGAACAAAGUGCUUGGACUGAUAUGCGGUGUCUGGCCUCGUCAGAACUCUCGAAGGAAACUGAUCACGCAAAUACUUUCUUUGCUUCUAAUGGCAUCUUCCAUUGUUACACAGAUAGCAAACACCGUGCUAUUCUUCAGCAUGGACAAUCUCGUGGAUGGCAUACCUUUCAACGUGGCAGCGGUUGGGACGUUCGUGAAACUGGGUAAUUACAUUAUAAACGAAACGAAGCUAGCAAGGAUGUUGCAAACCCUUACCGUGGACGUGAUAGUAGAACAAGUGCCAUUCUUCUUCGCGAUAGUGUUGCUGCUAUGCAAGCAAGGGAACUACAUUAUAAAUACAGAUAAGUUCGAAUACCUUCUGGAUAGUAUGUGCGAGGACUGGAAUCAAGAACGAUCGUACAAGGAGAUCGGCAUCAUGAAGAAGUACGGGCAAAGGGGAAAUCUGCUCUCGAGGUUCUACGUUGUGAACGCGUACAUUUGCUCGUUCUUGUUCAUACAAGUGCCAUGGUCGACCCGAUUGGUGAACUCGUACAAGACACAGAAUAUAACGCCAAGUUUGCCAGUCGUCGUACCCGGAUAUUACUUCGUCGACGAAGUAGAAUACUAUUAUUACAUCAUACUUCACGGAACGUGCACAAUUUUGAUUGUAGUGGUGGUGUACUGUGCCUGCGACACCAGUUACAUGGUACUGGUGCAACACACUUGCGGACUGUUCGCCGUGGCCGGAUACCGCUUCAAGAAUUCAAUUCGCGAGGACAAUAGCGUGAAGGGGAAGUAUUUCGACCACUGGACGAAAGAGGCGUACAAGAACGCGUGUUUCUCCAUUCAGGGACAUCAACGUGCUAUAAACUUUGUAAAGGAAAUUGAACGCGGCCAUGACACGUACCUUUUCACCUGCUUAGGCUUGGUGAUUCUAUGCUUCAGUAUUACUCUGAUCAAGCUGAGUACGUCGGAUUUCGACAUAGACUUCUACAGAUAUUGCAGUUUUACGUUGUGUCAACUGAUGCACCUGUUCGUUAUCAUGCUUCAGGGACAGUUCGUGCUGGAUUCGUGCGAGAGAAUUCACGAGGCGAUAUACGAAUCAUUAUGGUACACAAGUUCUUCGAAAACACAAGCAUUAUACGUGGUAGCGUUACGAAGAAACCUAACACCUACCUGUUUAACGGCUGGCGGUUUAGUGCAACUGAACAUGCAAAGCUUCGCAGAGGUGGUAAAAAUGUCCGUUUCCUAUUAUACGGUGUUGAAGACAACGUGA